AUGCAGGGCGCGCGGCCCUCUCCGUCGAAUGAGGCGCGGCAGCUUAUGCCCAAUCGCGCUGCCAUGCUCGCGAACCUAGUGGGCGGCCCCGGCAUCUUUGUCGAUCCGCUCAAGAAACCGCCGCCGCGCCCGGUUGGCUGCGAGGGUCGGCUGCUGCGCUCGCCCGUCCUGAGUUCGGCGCCCGUGGACAAUCUCGCCUACUUCCAUCGCACCAAGCUCUUCAAGAUGGCCAACCUGACCCAGGUCACCCACUUGGCGCGCCGCGCCCAUGUGCCGCUUGCAUACCAGCGCGCGCGCACGUGCGCCGUCGUCGGCUCGUCGUCGAAGCUGCUCGACGCGGCGGAGGGGUCGCUGAUCGACGCGAGCGAGCUCGUCUUUCGCAUGAAUCACGCGCCGGUCCUGCCCGAGCUGCGCGCCUACAUCGGCUCGCGCACGGACGUACAUGUCGACCCGAUUCAGCUCCAUGGCGCGUUCGGCUCCAUCAACGCAAGCGACGCCACCUCGUCGCAGAUCUACACGUGCACGUCCAACCACGACUACCCCGGCUGCCUCACCUUCUCGCCCAAGCUGAGCUCCGUCAGCGGGCCCCACGACCGGCGCACGUGCAAGCACUGCGGCGCGCGCGUGCUAGCCGGCGUGUCGGAGCGGUGGGACCGUACCUUCCCUGGGCUAGACCAGUAUGCGCGCGCGCUGAUGGACUCGACCAAGAUGCCCAAGGGCCGCUUCAUCCGGCCGACGACCGGCUUCGUCGCGCUGCUGCUCGCGCUACACGAAGACUACGUCAAGAACAGGGUGCACAACUACAACGCGGAGCAGCAGUGGAUCGCCACCGCCACGCGCAACUACACGCGCACGACGCUCACGUGCCGCGACCUGCCGCUCGUGUACGAGCCGGGCGACGCGGCGGCAGUGGUGGCCGCUCCCGCGCUGAGCGCCGGCCCAGCCGACGGCCCAAGUGCAGUGACGGCGGUGGCAGCGGCGCCGCCGCCGCUCGGUCCCAGUUAG